CCCUCCGCUAUGGGCACCCCACACUUUUAAGGCCGGGGCGGCUGCCCUCUGCUCCGCCCCGGGGGGGGGGGGUACGGUGAAUUAGUUAAAAAUCCCUAUUUACGUGGUUAUUCAUUGCCCCGCUCUGGGCAUGUGAACAACCACCCCCCCUUCCCCUCCAUCCACCCCCAGCGCCAUGCCGGCAGCCUGCACCCUGCUGCUGCUGCUGGGGCUGGGGCCGGUCCUGCCGACCGGGUCGCUGCCCCUCGCUUCCCUACGGCGUCUUCCACCUCCUUCUCCUCCGUCCCGAAGCCGCCUCGGCCGCCCUUGCUCGCCUCCCACCGCGGGACACGCCAGCAGCCUGGUCAUUGACAGCAGACAUCAGGCAAGAAGAAGUUCGGACACAGAGAUAAGGACUUCUGGUGCCCUCAUGGACAACGUGGAGCUGGUGACGAUGCUGGCUGGGAGCAGGGAGCACGCAUCACUGCCUGCCAGGCAAGGUACAGUGCCGGCAGCGAGCAGAGUCAUGAGGCGCAUUGGUCCCCCCACUAGCAGUGGGGAUAUCACCCCAUUGGGAGCAGGACCCACAGACGGCCCAUCUGCUGGGACAGCGACCCACCUGCCUGCCUGCAGCCAUCCUCCUGCUGCUGGAAGCCAUCACCAUGCUGCAGGCAACCAGGAGAGAGACAAGAGGGCUCUGGGUUCUGCCAGCACUCCUGCAGCUGCUGAGAGUACAAUUUUGGCAGCCGUCAGCACUGAUUCAGUUGAGAGGAUGCUGGGCGAGUACCAUGGGGCCUGGCGUGUGGCAGGGUUUGACAACACGAUGACAGCAACGCUGCCUCCAUCCACAGAGACUCAGCGCUCAGGCACCAGUGGCCCCUCUCAACCAGCGAGCAUCUGGGUGCGCAAGGAGCUGCCUGAUAGCCCUCCCGCGGGCACUGCAUCCACUUCACCCAGCCCCUCGGGGAGCAGUGGAGGGAUGCUGCGGCCCAUCCACAGCACUCCCUUCCCUGGCUCUCCAGGACAGCCCCAGUCCUCCCCACAAGCUUCCAGUACCCAGACUGGUGCAAACAAUGUCAUGCUACACCCCAGGGAUGUCAUGGGCGACUCCACAAGCCCCUCACUCACAGCAUCGCCUGCCACGGACAGCACUUUUGGAGCCAUUGGAAGCAGCUACCAGCCACCCAAUAUCUCAGCCAUGGAGAGGAGAAUUUCAGACUUCCUCACCACCAGCACCUCCAUUUCCACAACAGCCACCAAGGGUGGAGGGAGGAUGUUAAGGUCUCUGCCAGCCAGCACCAGGCUGGCUGAUACAACAGAGAUUUCCACCUCUGGUACAGAAAUCACCAGCUCUUCAGACCAGAGCCAGACCCCUGGGAUGUCUCCAGGAGGCCAGGGUGGUGGUGGCAGAGGUGCCACAGACUCGUCGCUCUCAGGCUCACCAUCUGCUUUGGAAAGCCCUUCUCCAGCCUUUAACAACAAUUACGAACCCAAGAGCAUCCCAGCUGCAGAAGAGUCGACACUGCACUUGGACACCCAUGGUUCUGACAUGCCCAGCAUGGCAGCAGGGGUGCCAGGGUACCUCACAAAUGGCCACACAGCUGGCAUGACAGGGGGAUCUGCCAGCUGCACCAACCCCACCAGCUCUUCGGGGGGCACAUUCUCCUCCUCAGAGGCCACGACACACCGUCCUAGUGGCUCACAGGAAGCCUCCGAUCUCCCAACACCUCACAGGCAGCCUUUGCUCACAAGCUCCUCCUCUGCCUCUGAAAGUACUUUCAGAGGUGUCAGAAGCAGCCACCAACCAGUUGACAGCUCAACGACAGACAAAAACCCCCGUGCUUCCUCUCCCACCAGCACUUUCAUUUCAGCCAUGGCCACAGGCAGCAGUGGGAGGCCCCCAAGGUCUGCCACCAGCACUAGCCGGUGGGCAGCAGAAGUCUCCAUGCCCAGUAGCGGCAUGUACAAGACCUUUGGCACGAUCCGAUCCCUGUCCACGUCUUCUGUGAAAGAGACCUAUGGAGUUCGUGGGUCCAGAGAAAUCACGGAUUUCACCGAGCGGGUGACAGACUCUUUGCUAACACACUCUCGCUCUCCUUCGGAAGGUCUUUCCCCAGCUACUGGAAGCAGCCAUGUAUCAUUCAGCAUCCUGUCAACAGACAGAAGAACCGAUUUCCCUACAACCAGUACCACUGUUUCCACAAUAGCUGCCAAGGGUGGAGGGAGGACGUUAAGGUCUCUGCCAGCCAGCACCAGGCUGGCCCGAACAACAGAGAUUUCCACGACUGAUACCAGAACCAUCAGCUCUCCAGACCAUACUCAGCCCUCUUUGGGAGCCCAGGGCGGUGGUGGCAGAAGUGCCACUGUGUCAUCCACGGACCUGUUUCUUGCAGGCUCAUCAUCUGCUUCCAAAAGCACUUCCCCAGCUGAAGGGACCUCGGCAAUGGGAGGACGCCUGCCUGAUGCUUCUCUCACCAGUAUGCCCAGCUCAGUGAUAACUACCAGGGGUGGGGAGAGGAGCACAGCGCCUGUGUCAGGCACCCAUGCAACAUCCAGCACGAGAGAGAGCUCUGCUUCCUCUCCGCCCCACACCAGCUCCUUCGAUGUGGUUCUUCUACCAUCCUCAUCAGCAACAGAGCCUGGGAGGCAGAGCAGUGUUUCACAGAGUGGUGCUGGACUUGCUGAGCUUGCAACAAAGCCACUGCCUGCAUUUUCUUCCAGCAUUUCAGUGCCAUUGUCUCCACCGAGUGCUUCAGUUCCAGGGGGAGGAAGAAGAGUUUCUGGUGCUCCUACUGAGACCAUGUAUGUCUCGCCCACACUCCCCAGCCACAAGAAGGGGACAUCUCAGGCUGUAGCUGACCGUGGCAUGUGGAGCACAGCAGCAGAAAGCCCCACGUCUCACUCAGACAUGGCCAGAGAGCCCCAUACUAGCCUCCUCCCAUCUUCCACAACAUGGCCUGGAGCAGGACACUUCUUGUCCAGCCAAGCAGGGUAUCCAGAGCCCAAGGUCACCCUUUCAUCCACCUACUUCUCAGCCACCCAUGUACCUUCAGCUGUGGGCAGCAGCCAUCACUCCCUAAGCAGCUCGAGUGCCGAGGAAAGGAUGUCCAGCCCCAUCACUGAUCCCGUGUACAGUUCAUCCAGGUCUGCUGGGGGUGGAGAGAGGACGCUGCACUCGGUGACGGAUGGUGUGCUGGCUGGCAGCACGGAGAGUUCUGCUUCCUAUGCUGAAACUGACAGCUCUCCAGCGCCGGCUCAGCCGGUGUCAGUGGAGCAGAGUGGGGCAGUCAAUGCCUCCACCAGCAGCAGGGGCUUUGCGACGGAGGCACUCUUCACACGUUCUUCCAAGACACCCACUUACUCUUCUGUCCAAAACGAUCUCACAAGCUUUUCAAGCAGCCAUCAGCCAGUCAGUAGCAUUGAUGCUGAGAAAAGGACCUCGGUUUCUCAUACAGACGGCACAUAUAUUUCAACCACAUAUACCAGAGGAGGAGAAAGGACGCUCCUGUCUAUCUCGAAUAGCAGCACCUCUGCUGACUCCUCAGAAAGUUCCACCUUUUUUUCUGAAAUUUCUAACCCUUCUGAUUCAUCAAAAUCUUCUGUGGCACAGGACAGGAGGAGCAAUGUAUCCAGUGAUGACAGUUUUGUUGAACCAUCUACAGAGCCAUUGCUGGUACACUCUUCCAGACAGUUGACUUCUGCUUCUGCAGGCAGCGUACAACAUACAACUCUCUUCAACACUGACUCUGGGUUGUUGACCACUGGCAGGUCAUCUCUAUCUUCAUCAUUUCCAGCCUCUUCCUCACUGUCAUCUCUGCGUCACUCGCUGUCAUCAACACCAGCACCAAAUUAUCUGUUUACAUCAUCAGAGUCAUCUGAGCCACUGUUGUCCUCUGUGAUGGCAUCUUCACCCCCUCUGCAGGCUUUGUCAUCCUCCUUGCCCACUUCCUCAUUGCUUUCCCCAUCUUAUUCAUUAGCAUCUUUAUUGCCUCUGUUUUCGUCACCAUCAUCGGUCUCACAGUCCAACGACAGCAAUCAAGCAAGCACCUCUGUAGCUACGACUGUGGUCAGGCGGAUGCCCUCCACAGCUGCCGUGGCUGGGAGCUCACACAGAGAGACCAACAAGCACAAUGUCACGCACCAGCCCCAAGACAGCACCACCUUCACCUCCCUCGGGUCUCUUCUCCCUACAGCCCCUACGGAGCAGCUUGGUGGACACAUCGUGUCUGUUUCUGCUCCCGCGACAGUAACAGAGACCACCUCGCCCAGAGUCACCACUGCCCAGGGGGGCAGCUUUGGGAAGGCAACGCUGCUGCUCACCACAGCCAGCGAUGCCCCACAGCCUGGGCCCACAGAUGCACCCCAUACUCCCUCACCAAGUGACACAAACCACAGCAUCAUCAUCCCUGCGGUCAUACUGACCACGGUGAAACCUCCUGUGCUGACAACACCGGCCAGUCGCUCACCAACCCCAGGUGAUGCUAGCACUAUGAAAGACCACAGAGCUCAAACACCUGCUGCCACUAAGCACAUCUAUACCACCAGUGAAAGCACAGAAGCGGUGGAUCCCACCACUGCUAGGCCUGGUAAAGUCACCGAAGAAAACAUCCCUGUUACGAGUCCUUCUGAAGCCUCUCCAACCAGCAAGACCACUGUGAACAUUGCAACUACUUUGGCUGCUACCAAACCAACCACUGUUCAUCCAUCAGAUAGCACGGCCAGGCCGAGGAUGUCAUCUCCGGCAACAGAUGCGGAUAAAUGUCUUUCCAACCCUUGUCCUGCACUGGCCACCUGCAACAACACCCAUGGCUCCUAUAUCUGUCAGUGUCCUCUUGGCUACGAGCUGGAAAAAGGAAAGUGCAAUUUAGUAAGAAUAUUUAUCGGCCAGGUCCCCCUGAAACUUAAUAUUACCCAUGGGAAGUAUGCAGAGCUCCGCCACGUCGAGGGUGAGAUCCUGGCGAUGCUUGAUGCAUCACUGUCCGGCUUACCAGGGUACCACCACUCCACAGUUAAGGCAACCAGGGAGACAAAUUUUGUGCAUGUUUCAGUGCAAUCCACGUUCUCUUUAGCAUCCAACGUGACUCUUUACGACGUUGUCAGCAGCGUGAAAAGCUACAUUCGAGCUUGCAAAUCCCCUACUGAAGCCUGCCAGUUCAUCUCCAGCCUGAAACCGCUCCACAGAGUUGGCAGCUUGUGCAAGCAGAAAGACCCUGAAUGUGACAAGGAAACUUCUGAAUGCACAGACUUUGAUGGAGUCGCGCUCUGCCAGUGCAAAAGUGGGUACUUCAAAUACAACAAGAUGGACCACUCUUGCAGAGCCUGUGAAGAUGGAUAUAAGCUGGAAAAUGAGACCUGUGUGAGCUGCCCAUUUGGCUUAGGUGGAUUCAACUGUGGAAACCCAUAUCAGCUCAUCACCGUGGUGAUCGCAGCUGCAGGAGGGGGACUUCUGCUUAUCAUGGGCAUAGCCCUGAUUGUCACUUGUUGCCGGAAGAAUAAAAAUGACAUAAGUAAACUCAUUUUCAAGAGUGGGGAUUUCCAGAUGUCACCGUAUGCUGAAUAUCCGAAGAAUCCCCGGGCACAGGAGUGGGGCAGAGAGACCAUCGAGAUGCAGGAGAAUGGGAGCACCAAGAACCUGUUGCAGAUGACAGAUGUAUAUUAUUCGCCAACUGGACUGAGAAAUCCUGAACUGGAAAGAAACGGACUUUAUUCUCCCUACACUGGUUUGCCGGGAUCUCGACAUUCAUGCAUCUACCCUGGACAAUAUAAUCCAUCCUUCAUUAGUGAUGAAACCAGAAGAAGAGACUAUUUUUAGCAGAGAGUGGAAAGGGAGUGGAAGAUUGACACAGUUCUGUGGCCCUCAAUCCCCAGGUACAAUCUGUCCCCUGGGCAGUUCAGCCCACGUCAGUCUUACUCUUCCCAUUUAACAGGAAGGACUUUGAACUUCAUGCCGAGCAUUGCUGCCCUGAGGAAUGGUUGCACUCGCUAAGCAGCAGAAAGAAGUAGGAAGAGGAGGAGGGAAUGGCUCAAGGUGCACAUCACUAGAAGACCCAGGUGGAAGUUAACACAUGUACUCCAGAUUUGUUCUGUGCUGCUGCUUCACUCACUUUACGCUACAUGGCAAGCAUGGAUCAGUAUAGGCAGAUGAACUGUGCCUAGCACUCUUCACUGAAUACCACUAAGGAGUGUUUUGUUUACAGAUCUUGUUUUCUGUUGACUGUGCUUGUCUUCUUUGCCAACAUUUAGGCAAAGACUCACUUUGCAAAGUGCAACUGCUUUUGGUAGGGCAAGUUUGUCCACUCCCUUUUACAUUGCUGCGUUGCGUUCUGCUUCGUACACAACCGGGAAGCUGGCUUGUCCUCUGGCCCUAUCCUGCUUACUGGUAGAAAUUCUUUAGAAUGCUGGGUCCUUGGUGAAGCCUGGUGCCUGGCAAUGUAAGCUGAAUUCAUGAGCUGAUUGUCUCCAAGGAGUAUGGGAAAGUUAGUCGUACCACUGCAAUUUUAACUGAAAAAAGACAAAGUUGAUCCUAUGCGCUGCUUUGAAAACUUCCCAUAUAUAGGAAAGAGUAAAAGUAUGUUGUUUUGUCAACCAACAUAGCUCAGAAGUGAUGCCACUACACAGCAUCAUAGUGCUUCCGUAUAGGAACUUAUGGGGCUCUGUUUCUCUGCAGGAUUUAAAUGCUUGUAGAAACAGCAAUAUAAUGUUAAAUAAUUGUUCACAGGGAAGAAGAAGAUGAGCUGUGAAUUCAGCAUGCUCCUUAGAAAGAAUCUCGGAAGGAGCAAUAAUGCUAUAGCCCUAGCUUGGCAGUGGAACGUGAAUUCUGGGCAUUGCAGGUGGGAUAUAGUUUUCAAGCCUCCACAGCCCACCUUUACUUCUGUAGGAGCUGUGAAGGCUUUCAGUACUUUGGAAAAUAAGGCUCACUGCAAUCAGUUGCAUUUAAGGGAGAGAAAAAUAUUAUGUUUUCAAUCCUAGUGGAACAAAGAUCACUUAUGUUGAAGUGUUUUGUUUUCUUUCAUCAUAGUUUUGAAUGCUUCAUACCAGGCAGGUUUCCUCACCUAGGGGUGUUAAUUCAUAUUAAUCAUCUUGGCAAAAGCUGAAGAAUGUAAGUUGUUACAAUUCUCACCAAAGCUAGAAUUCAACAGUCAUGGACUGUAUUCUGAGCUAAGUGUUGAAAGAGAUCUUACUAAUCACAGAAUAGUAUAAUUUGGGUUGGAAGGGACCUUAAAAUCAUCUCUCUAGAGGGCCCUAGAGCUGAACACAGUACUGCA